UCCUCCCCUCUCCUCUCCUCUUUGCACAGAGCCCCCGCUGUCCUCCCCCCAGAGUCUCUCUUUUUCUCUUUCUCUAUUUAUCUCUCUCUCACUCCUGCCUAGCCUGCAGUGCUCCAGCGUCGCCACAUCAAGGUUUGAGUCUGUCUAAGGAGCUGAGAGCAUGGCUGCUACUGGGACGUUCCGCAUGGUGUCGGAGGAAGAGCAGGCUAUGAGGGCCAAACUGGAGCACCUGACGGUGAAAGACCACGGCCCCGUCUAUGGCCCCUGCAAGAAGCUGCCGGAGCAUACAAUUCAGAAGGCUAAGGAUGAGCUAAACGAGACUCCGGAGAGACGCGUGUCCGCUUUGAAGGAGCUGCGAGCCCUGAUGAAGGAGAAGGCUGGAGAGGGAGACGACCUGCCCAAGGCCGUGCAGGAGAAGUUCGGGGACAAACCCGACUCUUUCCUCCUGAGGUUCAUCCGGGCGCGCAAGUUUGACGUGGGUCGAUCUCACGAACUCAUGAAAGGUUAUGUGAAGUUCCGUAGGGACUACCCUGAGCUGUUUGAGAACAUGACCCCUGAGGCUGUGCGCAGCACCAUCGAGGCCGGGUACCCUCGCAUCCUUUCCACCCGGGACUGCUACGGUCGCGCCGUGCUGCUCUUCAACAUCGAGAACUGGGACCUGGAGGAGGUCACCUUUGACGAGGUGCUGCGUGCCUACUGUGUUAUCCUGGAGAAGCUUCUGGAAAACGAGGAGACGCAGAUCAACGGCUUCUGCCUGAUUGAGAACUUCAAGGGCUUCACCAUGCAGCACGCCUCCGGCAUCAAACACACUGAGCUGAAGAAGAUGGUGGACAUGAUGCAGGACUCCUUCCCUGCUCGUUUCAAGGCGGUGCACGUGGUCCAUCAGCCCUGGUACUUCACCACCACCUACAACGUCGUCAAGCCCUUCAUGAAGAGCAAGCUGCUGGAGAGGGUGUUUGUCCAUGGGGAGGACCUCGAUGGCUACUUUAAGGAGUUCGACCCCGAGAUACUCCCCGCAGACUUUGGCGGCAAAGGCUCCGACUGUGACGGCAAGGCCACCGCCGUGAAGCUGUUCGGCUCCGAGGAUACCGCCCUCUAACCUCCUGACCUCUGUCGCCACAGGAACACCCACUCUGACUCCCACGGGAAUACAGGAAAGUUCUAGGAAUGUUGUUGUAGGGGGAACCAGGAAGAAAGGUUUUAAACACGGGGCGGGUUGGUCGUAUUAAAAGUAAUCACUGGCUAAAGUAAGUAUUGUACAAAAGCGAGUCAUCUAGUCAUCAGGGUGAGUUUUAGAGGUCUUUCUAAUAAAAAAAAAACGUCAACACACCACGAUUACACAGCAGACCCUCUGACGAUGUGCAGAGGGAAACGCCUGGCGAAGACGAGACAGAGGUCAACCGUGUUACAAACUCCAACAUUUUGUUCAUUAUUUUUCCAGGUCUUUGUUUUGCCUUAUUUACGUAUUUACAGGUAUAUUCUAGACUAAAGCCUCAGACUGAGUCUGUAUUGACUGAGUUAAAGAGUAGAGAUGUAGUGUAAUCAUGUGUACAACUAUGAGACUAAGUGCUUAGCUAAAGAGGGGACAAAAGCACUGACCCACCACCGGGGGCUGAGGCCAACCGUAUGGAAACCUCCUAUACCUGAAUGAAUCUCAUACACAUACUGGAGAUGGCAUUAUGGUAAUGCGCUAUUAAAUGUUUCCUUAAUACACUCCAGUAGGACACUAUUAAAUGUUUUCUCACUCACUUUAGACCAGUUUUUAAACACACACACACACUCACAAACUCAAGAGGUUUCCCUCUUGUUUUCCAGAAACAGCCAUACUUCCCUCUCACUGAUGCCACUGUCACAUUGGCAAUAAUGAAAAAUAUUAGAAAAACUUUUAUUUCAUGUGGAAGUCUGCUUCCUGUUUCCUGUGCUGGGCUGAGCUGUACUAUAACCGGGUCCUUCCCAGGAGUCUCUUUCUCAAGACCCUGGCACCAGAGGGGACCCAGCCGACCCAGGGGUCUCCAGUGGACUUCCUCGUUCUAGAGAGCAGUUUGUCACUAGAAAUAUUUUCCGCCAGUUGUGCUGUACUUCAUUUGUAUUGAUUGUAGGUCUCCUCCUGUAGUUUGACAGUGAGCUGUAACAUUUUCAAUAAAAUAUGUGCAAACUGAAA